GGGGGGGAGAAGUCGGCGUUGCUAGGGAGGCAGUAACCAGGGGGACAGACAGGAGCUGACUGGGGCUGUGUGUGUGUGUGUGGUUAAUGUGUUAACUAGUCUAACUAGUCAGCCAGUAACCAGGGACAGGCUGGGGCUGGUUGUGUGUUAACUAGUCAGGGACAGGCCGGAGCUCUGCCACAUUGCCUGCAUGACGAGCCUUGGGCAGGCGGGGGCUGGGGCUGGUUGUGUGGGUCUCGGGCUGGUUAGGUGUUAACUAACAUAACUAGUGAGCAGGGACUGACUGGGGCUGUGGCUGUGGCUGACGGUGUGUCCACCCGCCUCACGAACGAGCAGCGACCAGAGCGUGCGGUUACCCUCCGCGGCUGGUUAUACGUUGACCGGCCUAACCCGCGAGCAGUGACCCAGGGAUAGACAGACGGGGGUGGCGCUGUGUGGGGGGGGGGUUGAAGUGUUGACUCGUCUAACCAGAGAGCAGUGACCCGUGCAGACAUGGUCAAGCUGAGGGCUAAGUGUAUCGUGGCAGGAGAUCCCGCUGUUGGGAAAAGCGCCCUGGCACAAGUGUUCCGGAGUGAGAGCGCUCACUUCCCCAAGAAUUACACCCUGACCACAGGAGUGGAAGUCUUUGUCAAAUCGGUUUCCAUCCCAGACACCAACGACAGUGUGGAACUAUUCUUAUUGGAUUCUUCAGGGAAGGAAAUCUUCUAUGAUAUGGUGGCAAAGCAGUGGGAGAACUCGGGGGCUCUGUGCCUUGUGUACGACAUUACCAACGAGGUGUCCUUCAACAGCUGCUCCAAGUGGUUGGAGCGAGCCCGAGCCCAGGCCCCAGGGGGGCAGCUCCCAGCGGUCCUCGUGGGGAACAAGACAGACCUGGCCGCCAGGCGCACAGUGGAGUACAAGGAGGCCGAGGAGUGGGCAGCCAGUCAGGGCUUGGAGUACUUCGAGACCUCGGCACCUGGCCAGAGCCUUUCACCGCAUGUAUGAGGAGAGAGUGGAGCUGGUCAAAUCCCUGGUAUGACGGACAGAGACAAGCCUUGACGUCAGCAAUACUACUGCCCUGCACAACAACAACAACAACUUGCAUUCACGCGGGGCAGAGUCUCAGAGCGCUUAACUCUCAACCAAUCUAAUCAGCAGUGUCUAAAUAUUAUCUCAGAUCCAACCACGACCGUCCCAUAACCUAUUGAAGUUCGUGCUGUUGCCCUGUGCGCUGCUGCUCUGUGUGCUCGUUGCCCUACCCGCUGCCCUGCCAAUGCAGCCUGGCGAUCGACAGGCAUUUGUAGCUCCUAAUUCUGAAGUGCUGCGCUUGCCUGUCUGUUCCCAGCAGCGGGCAGGCAGGGCGGGGCUGGGAUUCUUGUUAUUUAAACCCUGCGAUUUAUUCUUAUUUAGGUUUUCGCUUAUCGCAAAAACGUGGCACGUUAAAUUAAAAAAACACACACUUUUAUGUGA